AUGCCCAAGCGUGGCGCUAGGCAUGGCAACUCGAGUGCACCACCGGGGACCUCGUGGAACCCGUCUCCUGGCCGGAUUACUAAAAACAAUCCGGCCAAUAGUCAAAUCAAGCCUUCCACCGCGGCGACAGCGUUGGAAGGCAUUGACAAAACAAAGCUGCAUCCACACUAUCGCAGCCCGUACCAGCUACGUGUGAAGACAGCUAAGGCAGGCCGGCAGGCCUCCGGCGUCCCCUCCGUCACCCCCGUCCCCACACGCAACGAGUUCGAGCCGCUGAGUGGUGACGAUGAGGACAAUGAAGACGACUGCAGCACCAGCAGUAGCGACGACGACGACGACCCUGCACGCGGGUCGAAGAAAGCAGAAACCAGCAAAACUGCGGCGAAGCCGAUCAUGUGGACGAGCUACUGGAGGGUCAAACCUACUGUUUGAAGAUCGGCAAGAAGAAUGUGCAAGUGAUCACGUUGUUAAGGGCGAAUU